UCUUGUUUUAUUGCCCAGCCUGGAGUGUGCAGUGGCCUGAUCUCAGCUCAUUGAAACCUCCAUCUCCAGGUUCAAGCGAUCCUCCUGCCUCAGCCUACCAAGUAGCUGGCAUUACAGAUGCACACCACCAUGCCCGGCUAAUUUUUGCAUUUUUAAUGGAGACAAGGUUCACCAUGUUUGCCAGGGUCGUCUCGAACUCCUGAACUCAAGUAUGAGCAUUCUCCAGGGAAAGGAUGACAUAUUUUUGGACCUGAAACAGAAAUUCUGGAACACCUAUAUGGUGAGCAUCCUGCGGAGUCCUGGUGAAAAGAACUUUAACAUCACAAAGGAACAUGGAGCUGAUCCAGGACACCUCCCGCCCGCCACUGGAGUACGUGAAGGGGGUCCCGCUCAUCAAGUACUUUGCAGAGGCACUGGGGCCCCUGCAGAGCUUCCAGGCCCGGCCUGAUGACCUGCUCAUCAGCACCUACCCCAAGUCCGGCACCACCUGGGUGAGCCAGAUUCUGGACAUGAUCUACCAGGGUGGUGACCUGGAGAAGUGUCACCGAGCUCCCAUCUUCAUGCGGGUGCCCUUCCUUGAGUUCAAAGCCCCAGGGAUUCCCUCAGGGAUGGAGACUCUGAAAGACACAGCAGCACCACGACUCCUGAAGACACACCUGCCCCUGGCUCUGCUCCCCCAGACUCUGUUGGAUCAGAAGGUCAAGGUGGUCUAUGUUGCCCGCAACGCAAAGGAUGUGGCGGUUUCCUACUACCACUUCUAUCACAUGGCCAAGGUGCAUCCUGAGCCUGGGACCUGGGACAGCUUCCUGGAGAAGUUCAUGGUUGGAGAAGUGUCCUACGGAUCCUGGUACCAGCACGUGCAGGAGUGGUGGGAGCUGAGCCGCACCCACCCUGUUCUCUACCUCUUCUAUGAAGACAUGAAGGAGAACCCCAAAAGGGAGAUUCAAAAGAUCCUGGAGUUUGUGGGGCGCUCUCUGUCAGAGGAGACCGUGGACCUCAUGGUUCAGCACACGUCGUUCAAGGAGAUGAAGAAGAACCCUAUGACCAACUACACCACCGUCCCCAGGGAGUUCAUGGACCACAGCAUCUCCCCCUUCAUGAGGAAAGGCAUGGCUGGGGACUGGAAGACCACCUUCACCGUGGCACAGAAUGAGCGCUUCGAUGCGGACUAUGCGGAGAAGAUGGCAGGCUGCAGCCUCAGCUUCCGCUCUGAGCUGUGAGAGGGGUUCCUGGAGUCACUGCAGAGGGAGUGUGCGAAUCAAGCCUGACCAAGCGUCUCAAGAAUAAAAUAUGAAUUGAGGGCCCGGGA